AUGCUGCCAAACUGUGUCUCCUUCCUUCUCCUCACCGUUCUCGCGAUCGUCAACGUCGGGCUUGAUGUCGUGCUUCUCCGAGACUUGGAGGUCGUGGCGUCUGCCAGGUCAAAGCCUAUAUUUCAUUACACGAUGAAGGGCUCAGACUAUCCGCCUCGCCUUCCUCUCAGAGCCGCGAAACGCCAAGUCAUGAUGCCUGUCGAAGAGACCAUCCGAUAUUCUUUGAACAACACGGAGGCCGAAGUCGAAUGGCUCUGGACCGCGACCGUGGGCGACGGCAACGUGCGCCUCGGCGACAAUCAUCGCUUUUUCUCCCUCGUUAUGGUCCACGAGCAACAUUGCACGCGCUGGAUACGUAUGGCGCUACAGGCUGCCCAUCCUCACGAGCAGCAGAAGGGACACCUGGCGCAUUGUCUCAAUUACAUGCGGCAGCUAGCUCUGUGCUCUGCUGACGCUACUCUGGAGCCCGCCGACAUACUAUCGCGCGACUAUGCAAAGGAGAGGUGGAACGUAGACCAUCAGUGUCACGACUGGUCUGCGAUUUACGAGGCAAUGCGGACGAACUAUUUGGAAUGGGAGGCGGCACGGCCUCACUGGCAGAAGGAAGUCGAUAACGGGUUGCGAGCUGGAGAGUAG